AUGGCUGAGCAGGCCGAUCAAGCGAUUCACGCUUUCACAGAGACGGAUUAUUGGGCUUCGCCCACCACACAAGUCUUCGCUUUCAUUGGAUUGCUAUAUGUCUCGAUCAAGCUGCUCUCCUUCUGGAGACUGAUCGCUUCGUUGUUCGUGUUGCCAGGGGUACCGCUCUCCACCUUCGGGAAGAAGGGGACGUGGGCAGUAGUAACCGGCGCAUCCGACGGCAUCGGCAAGGAAUAUGCGCUGCAGCUCGCCCAAAAGGGUUUCAACAUUUUUCUCGUGUCACGCACACAGUCUAAGCUCGAAGCAUUGGCAUCGGAGAUCCAGCAGUCAUGCCGCGUGGAAACGAAGACUCUAGCCAUGGACUUCGCCGCCAAUAACGACUCAGACUACGACAAGCUCAGAAGCACCAUCGACAGCUUGGAUGUGGCGAUCCUUGUCAACAACGUGGGCCUUUCGCACAGCAUACCUGUACCGUUCGCCGAAACACCGGAGCAGGAGAUGCGUGACAUCGUCACCAUCAACUGCACCGGUACGCUUCGUGUCACGCAGCUUGUAGCGCCAGGCAUGGUCAAACAUCACCGGGGUCUCAUUCUGACGAUGGCAUCCUUUGGCGGCAUCCUGCCCACUCCGCUACUGGCUACCUACUCUGGCAGCAAGGCCUUCCUGCAACAAUGGUCGUCCGCUCUAGCCUCUGAGCUUGCACCACAUGGUGUGAAAGUGCAGAUCGUGCAAUCAUACCUCGUCACGUCCGCCAUGUCCAAGAUCAGACGAUCGUCCGCCCUAGUACCAACGCCUAAGCAGUUCGUGCGAGCGGCUUUGAGUAAGAUUGGAAGGGAUGGUGGAGCCCAAGGGACUAGUGCUACCAGUACGCCGUACUGGGCCCAUGCGUUGAUGCACUGGGCUAUCGUCAACCUGACGCCUGGUCCAAUGAAUCGCAGAGUGAUUGAUGUUAACCGGAGCAUGCAUGAAGACAUCAGGAAGCGAGCUUUGCGGAAAGCGGAGAGGGACUCAAGGAAAGCACAGUAA